AUGAACAACGUCUUUAUGGAUAGGCGUAAGGAAAUGGAUAAAGUGCCUAUUCCAGAGAUUGUGCUAUGGACGGACUCGAAGUCCGUGCUGCAUGGCUACCGGCCAUCGGAUGAUGCGACUCGUGCGCAACGCAGCGUAUAUCUGAGCGAGAAGUCACGCUGGUUAAGCGGACCGGCAUUCCUGAGGAGACUAGCGGGCAGCUGGCCGGGAACUGCACCCGCCGACGAAGCGGAUACAGAAGAUGAAGAGGAGAUGCCGAGAGAGUUUGUGCUCGUUGGCUCGAGGGACACGUUUAUAUCGCUACAAAGAUUCUUAAGCAACAGGCGAUUGUUGAGGACUGCGGCCUGGGUCCUAAGGUUCAUACGUCGAUGCAGUGAUAUGAACGAUAUGAGCAAGAGAACUACGGCCUCAAUAGCUGAGUGUGAAGCAGAUGAAGACUUGUUAGUCCGUAGAUCACAACGUGAGGCGUUCCCCGACGAGAUGCAGGCCGCAGAGAAUGGCCUGGACGUCGCUAAAGGAAGCGACAUCUGUGGACUGGCACCAUACCUAGAUGGCAAUGGAGUCCUGCGAGCGUAUGGCAGGAUUGAUGCGGCGCUAUGUUUACCGUACAGCGCCAGGAGGCCAGUGAUCCUCUCCCACCGCCACGGUCUCACGGAGAUGAUUGUGCGCGAUGCCCAUUUAAGGAUGAAGCAUCAAAACAUAGAUGCUACGAUGACGGAAAUCCGGACCAGGUUCUGGAUUACGAGACUGCGGAGAGUGCUUUGCAGUGUGAUCUCGGGAUGCAGCAAGUGUAAUCUGCACAGCGCACGGCCGAUGCCACCGAUUAUGGGACCCCUGCCAGAGGAUCGUUUGGAGGCCAAUGGCUGGCCGUUUAAGAGCAUGGGCCUCGACUACUUUGGACUACUGCUAGUGACCGUUGCUCGGCACCAAGAGUAA